AUGGGCGACAACAAUGAACAAAUCAGCCUCACAGAUGUCGUGGUGGCUCAGCAAACUGUGGCAGAUCAGAAUGAGCUUAUUGCGCAGUUGAUGCAGCAAAUAGCUGACAUGAGGGUAGAGAUGCAACGGAGGCAAGACACCCCUCCGCCCGGAUUCGGCCCCAACUUUCUCGACGCAAGACCCCCUACAUACUUCCCCUCGUCCAGCUCGGAUCCUACUCAACAACAUCCACUGACACCCGUGCACAACCCCUCUGGGAAUGUCCCAAGCCCUUCCAUAGCUGCACCCCUCCACAAAAGAACUGCUUUCCAAGUCCCUGUUCAGACCGAGCAUGAGGUGCACGGCUCCGAGUUGGACCAUUAUGAGGAGCAAGAAAGAGAGUGGAGGGCGAGGGAAGAAGCGAAGGUAGACAUAAAGGAGGAGGUUAAGAGGGCGAUGAGAGAAUUGCAAUGUACUCCAGACGUCGCCGGGUUAAGCUACGCAGAACUAUGCAUCCACCCAGACUUGAACCUACCUGAAGGGUUCAAGAUCCCGAAGUUUGAUACCUUCGGAGGGGUGGGAAACCCCAUGGCACACCUGAGAGCAUACUGUGACCAACUCGUGGGAGUUGGUAAAGAUGAAGCCUUGCUGAUGAGGUUAUUCAGCCGGAGCCUAUGUGGUGAAGCCCUGGAGUGGUUCACGUCACAUGAGACUCGACAGUGGCCCAGUUGGAGUGCACUGGCUAAGGAUUUCAUCAAUAGAUUCACAUAUAACGUCGAGGUAGUUCCUGAUCGGUACUCCUUGGAGAAGAUGAAGCAGAAGCCCACAGAAAGCUAUCGAGAAUUCGCGUACAGAUGGAGGAAAGAGGCAGCAAGGGUGAGGCCUCCGAUGACAGAAAAAGAGAUUGUAGAGGUGUUCGUGCGGGUGCAGGAGCCCAAGUAUUAUGACAAGAUCAUCUUGUUAAUUGGCGCCAAGUUCGCCGAAAUAGUCAAAGUGAGCGAGACUAUUGAAGAUGGCCUGAAGUCGGGGAAGAUAGCCCGAGCAUCUGCAUCACCUGGAUCUUCCGGACUGGUAAGGAAGAAAAGAGAGGAGGUUAACGCUAUCUCGCACGGGGGAAGAAAAAUCCCCAGAAACUUACCAAGUCCCCAAGGCCGCUCCAAUCCUCCAUUAAAGACUCAUCGAGCCUACCAUCCACACUCAAGUCACUCCAGCCACUACAAUGCUGCCCCCCAUUAUCCAGAUGCCCAUAUUGUGUCGUAUCAAAAUCCACCCCCGAUUCCCCAAAAAUUUCCCUCCACAUAUCCAAACUACCCCCAAGCUUAUCAAGUCCCUCCCCAUUACCAAAGUGUCGCUCCUAGCUGCGCUAAUGUACAACCAAGCUAUCGAACACCGUCUCCGACAUAUCAAAUACAAACCCCAGCAUAUCAGAACCCCCAUCCGAAUUACCGAGCCCCAAUGCCAAACUACCAAACAAAUCCCCAUCCCAGAGCCCAAGCUCCACGACCAAAUGCCCGCAGUUAUCAACAAGUCCCUCCCCCACAGCAGGGCGGGUAUGAUCCCCCUCGCCCCAGGUCUGAGAAGAAGCCCUCCAGAAGCUUCACCGUAUUGGCGGAAAGCAGAACUAAAUUGUUCGAAAGAUUAUCUGCAGCCGGAUACAUCCACCCUGUGGGCCCCAAGCCCAUGGAUGUUAAUUCCAAAUUCUACAGACCGGAGCAGAGAUGUGCUUACCAUUCCAACGGUGUUGGACAUAAUACAGAAGAUUGUAUCAAUCUCGAGCACAAGAUCCAGGACUUGAUUGACCAGGAAGUGGUCUCUCUUCAGCCUGCGGCGCCAAACGUCAACACGAAUCCGUUGCCAAAUCAUGGGGGUGGAAACAUCAACAUGAUAGAAACUGACGAAGAUGAGCGUGAAGCCAAGAGAAUUACUCCUGUUGUUCAGGAAGACUUGGAGAGGGCUGUCGCUUCUUUGAGCGUCAGGGAGAAAGGAGAGUUUGUCAUUCUGACACCUGCAAAGGCUGUUGCUUUGGUGCCCGCAAAGACUCUCUCCAAGCCCAAGUUCGUUAUAGAAACGGCCGUGGCUCAGGGCAUGACUAGAUCUGGAAGAUGUUACACUCCUGAUGAGCUUGCUCUCGGAAGAAAAAAGAAAGAUCAUGCCAAGAGACCGAUCAGCGAAGCAGAAGCUGAGGAGUUCUGGAGGAGAAUGCAACCCAAAGACUACUUCAUCGUCAAGCACUUGGAGAAAACUCCAGCCCAAAUUUCGGUGUGGGCCCUACUGAUGAGCUCCUGGUCCCACAGACAGGCUUUGAUGAAAGCCCUGGAUGACACAUAUGUUCCCUCGGGUACGAGCAGUGACAAUGUAGCUGCUAUGAUUCACCAGGUCAUUCGGGGACACCUUAUCAGUUUCUGCGACGAUGAACUGCCGGCCGAAGGGAGGGCCCACAACAAAACUCUACACAUCAACGUGAUAUGUCGCGGAAAGGUCAUCAACCGUGUUCUGGUAGACGACGGAUCUGGUUUGAACAUAUGCCCCCUGUCCACAUUGAAGCAGCUAAGGUUUGACCUCGGAAAGUUGGAGCAAAACCAGGUCAAUGUGAGAGUAUUCGACGGUAUGCAGAGAGACACGUUGGGAGCUGUGAACCUGACCAUCCAAAUGGGCCCCGCAGAGUUCGAGGCAAAGUUCCAGGUGUUGGACAUCGACACUAGCUAUAACUUUCUGUUGGGAAGGCCAUUCAUCCACGCGGCUGGGGCCGUCCCCUCCACUCUCCACCAAAUGAUAAAUCUGGUGUGGAAGAAUGAAGAACUGGUGAUUCAUGGUGAAAAGGGUCAAUCGGGAAGGCAAGUGCCGGUCUCGGACGAAACACCGCAAGGUUCAGACUUCUACACGGUGGAGUUGGUAAAUGCCACCGAUGAGGGCUUGGCCCCGCAGAACCCCAUGCCGGCCGUGUACAAAAUGAUUGCCACGGUAAUGCUGCAGAGUGGAUUCAAACCAGGUUUUGGAUUAGGAAGGAAUGCGCAACGGAUCAUCGAGCCAGUUCCGAUCCUUGCUACAGGAUCAAGGUAUGUCCGGGAGCGUGCCGAGCCUGAAGAUGAUGGGGAAGGAAUCUGUGACCUUUUCCAGGAGAUCAAUGCCAUCAUCGAGGAGGAGGCUGAGCCAGCUGGCAUUCGUGACGCUGAACCAGAGGAGGUGCUGCUGAAUUGGACGUCCACGCCAAUCCUGAUGUCCCGAACUCUGUUGUAG